GGCACCCCGGGAGCUGCAAACACACUGCUCGCACUAAUCAUGGCUUCAAGACCCGGCCUCCUCACGGAAUGGCCAUGGCAGCGCCUUGGCAAUUUCAAGUACGUGGUGUUGGCACCUUGGGCAUUGCAUGGCCUCUACUUGUUGGCGACACAGGAGAGGAAGAAGUGGGACCUGGCGUACCUCUUGAUCUUGCCCUCUUUGCUGCUAAGGAUGGUGCACAGCCAAGUCUGGAUCAGCAUAUCACGCUUUCAGAACGCUCGCAGCAAGCACCACCGAAUCGUCGACAAGAGCCUCGAGUUUGAGCAAGUCGACAGGGAGAGGAACUGGGAUGACCAAAUCAUCUUCAAUGGGUUACUGUUUUAUCUUGCCUUCAUGUACAUUCCAUCUGGAAGAAACCUUCCGCUGUGGAGAUCCGAUGGAGCACUGCUGAUAGCAUUACUCCAUAUGGGUCCUGUGGAGUUCCUCUAUUACUGGUUUCACAGAGCCCUGCACCAUCAUUUCCUCUACACUCGCUACCAUUCCCACCACCAUGCAUCAAUUGUUACCGAGCCAAUCACAUCCGUCAUCCAUCCGUUCGCGGAGCAUAUAGUGUAUUUUUUGCUUUUUUCCAUUCCGACGUUGACUGCUACACUUUGUGGAACUGCCUCCAUAAUUUCGAUGAUCGGGUAUAUUGCAUAUAUUGAUUUCAUGAACAAUUUGGGCCAUUGUAACUUCGAGAUCAUCCCGAAAUGGUUAUUUACUGUCUUUCCACCUCUCAAGUACCUCAUGUAUACUCCCUCCUUUCACUCGCUUCAUCACACGCAAUUUCGAGUGAACUACUCCCUGUUCAUGCCAUUCUAUGACUACGUGUACGGAACCGUGGACAAGUCGUCAGAUCUCCUAUAUGAAAGUGCAUUGGAAGGGAAGGAGGAACAACCUGACGUGGUUCACCUUACUCACCUCACUUCCUUCCUAUCGAUUUACCAUCUGAGAGUUGGGUUUGCUUCAUUAGCUUCUAAGCCAUACGAUCCCAAGACACCUAUCUUCUCCUUGUGGCCUUUGGCAUGGAUCUCGAUCAUAUUUAUGUGGAUAAACGACUCCUUCACUGUGGAGAGGAAUAGUUUUGAGAAAGUCAAGAUGCAAACGUGGGCGUUACCUAGAUUCAAAUUCCAGUAUGGGCUGCUGAGUGCAAGAGAUGCGAUCAAUGAUCUGGUCGAAAAGGCAAUUUUAGAGGCUGAUAACAAAGGAAUCAAAUUUCUCACUUUGGAACUCCUAAAUCAGGCGCAAGAACUUAAUGGAAGUGGUGAACUUUAUCUUCAAAAGUACCCCAAAUUGAAAUUAAGAAUCGUGGACGGAAGCAGCUUAGCAGCAGCAAUAGUUGUUAACAGCAUUCCCCCGGAAACAAGAAAAGUCAUCUUAACUGGAAAUCAGUCAAAGGUAGCCUACAGAGUAACUAUAGCACUUUGCCAGAAAGGUGUUGAGGUGACUAUGAGACAGAAGAAUGAUUACUAUAUGAUCAAGUCACAGUUACCAGAAAAUGCAUCGAGUUUUCUUCUUCUUUCAAACGACUGCAAUGCACAGGUCUGGUUAGUAGGAGAUGGGUUGGAAGAUAUACAACAAAGAAGAGCACCAAAAGGGACACUCUUUAUCCCCUUCUCAUGGUUCCCGACGAAGAAAGUGCGGAAAGAUUGCAUUUAUUACACCACUCCGGCUAUGAAAAUCCCUAAAACAUUUGAGAACAUGCACUCAUGUGAGAAUUGGUUACCAAGAAGAGUGAUGAGUGCAUCUCGAAUUGCUGGUAUAGUACAUGCACUAGAGGGAUGGAACUCACAUGAAUGCGGAGACAAUAUGCAGGAUCUUGACAAAAUGUGGGCUGCUGCUCUGCGUCAUGGUUUUCUCCCCGUAAAUUAAGCUUCAUCAGUUGUCUUAACCAAAACAGAAUAAUGGGUGCAUCUCUGAAACUUAUAUUGUAAUAUUCCACUACUAAAACCAAGAACCAACCUGCUUUCUUCAAUAAAAUGCUAUUGUAUCACAAGUAUCAUUAAGCCUGUAGACGAUUUAAAUAUGGUCCAAGCAAGAUAUUAUAGCAAGUAAGAUGAUUCUUGGAGCUAACUUUAUGGAUCAUAUUUACAUCCAUCUCCAAGAUCUAUGCUGGAUUUAUCACUUUGCUCUUUGUGUCUGCUAUCAGAUUAUAAAUUUGGCCUUAUUGACUUUUA